AUGUAUAGUUUUGGCAUGAUAAUGUGGGAAUUAACGACUGGUAGAAGACCUUUCUGGGAUCAAUGUUAUGAUGCAGAUCUUAAGAUUCAAAUUAUUGAUGGUGUUCGUCCACCUAUAAUUACAAAUGCACCCAAAGGUUACAUUGGAUUAAUGCAACAAUGUUGGGAUUUUGAUCCAAAUAAAAGACCAACAGCAUCUAAUGCUCAUGAGAUUAUUAAUAAAAUCAUUUUGAAUGAAGAAAAUAAUCCAACAAAGAUAAUUAAAUCAUCAGAUAUUGGACCAAUUCUUGUUUCAAGUAAUAUUGAUAUUGACGAUUAA